AUGACACCAUCAUUCUCAUUCACAGAUAAAGAUACCGCUGAUUACUCGUCUGCUGCCUCUGCAAAACAAGGUGACAUCUUGACAGCUAUGGGAGUCCCAUGGCUCGAUCCCCAUUCAUGCGAUCCCAUGUUUUCAAUGCUGCAUCCGGCGACAUCGACGAGUCCAUCGGUUGGUCUUAUCCCUCCCAGUGCUAUAAGUACACCCACCACAGCAUCCACGUCCAACACUAGUAGUGGCAUCAACACACCUAGUCAUAUACAGCAUCAUCCUCACCACCACCAGCAUCCAUCUGAUAUCUUUUGGCAACCGCCUACAAAUGGGACACUGCCCAUUUAUGCAGCUCCUGUGUCGCCAUCGAAUUCCCAGCAAAUGGCCCAUCGGCGUAGUAUGCCCGAGAUUAAACAACCUUAUCAACACCCAUCGUCCGCCAACACCAACACUUCCUCUACUUCCCGAAGACAAAGAAGACGCACUGAAGGUACUAUCAUCGUCGAUGAUGGUGAUGAUGAACAACGUAGACAAAUGUUCUUGGAACGCAAUCGCCAAGCUGCAUUCAAGUGUCGCUUACGCAAAAAACAAUGGCUUACCAAUUUACAGAAUCAGGUGGAAUACAUGGAUACUGAUAACCGACAAUUGGAGCACCAAAUUCUAAGGCUACGAGAAGAAAUCCUGAAUCUCAAGACGUUGAUUGUGGCACACAAAGAUUGCCCUAUCGCGAAACAACAUGCAAAGUCGAUGGGCUUUAUGUUAUCCACUUCUUCAUCAACCCAACAUCAGCAGCCACAAGCUUUCAAUCAUCCUCCAUCUAUUCAUUAA